AUGGUGGCAUUGCGGCGGUUACCGCCGGGAUACGGCUUCCGCCCGACGGACGAGGAGCUGGUCCAAGGCUACCUGCGGCGGAAGGUGGAGAACCGCCUCGCGGACCACCACGCUGGGCUGAUCGCUGGGGUCGACAUUCUCCGCUACGAGCCAGGGUACUGGAAGUCGACCGGCAAGGACAGGCGCGUGUGCAGCUCGCGCACGUCGCGACAAAUCGGUUCCAAGAAGACGCUCGUGUUCAAGAUGGGGAGGGCGCCACGUGGCGAUCCGACGGAGUGGAUGAUGUAUGAGUACCGGCUGGAGCCCGCGGUGGACUUGGUGCUGGGCCGCUUGUUCAAGAAGCCGCCUGCUGCGAGCGCUGCGAGCGAGCCGCCUGCUUCGAGCGAGCCGCAUGCUUCGAGCGAGCCGCCUGCUGCGAGCGAGCCGCCUGCUGCGAGCGAGCCGCCUGCUGCGAGCGAGCCACCUGCUUCGAGCGAGCCGCGUGCUUCGAUCGAGCAGCUGAUGGACGUUCUGGAGCUCGAGGAGGCCGACCUCGACCAUUCCGCCGCGCCGCGUGUGCCCGUUGCCGUGCCUGAGAGCGACGUGGAUCUGGACACAUUCUGGGAGAACAUUUAUCGGCAAGCUGUGUCGGCUGCGGGCGCGGCGGGGGGCCACGUGGCGGAGCAUGGGGCCAGCAACGUGACAAGCCAUGUGGCGGAGCACGGGCCGGGCCACGUGGCGGAGCAUGAGGAGAGCCACGUGGUAGAGGACGACGAGUGGUUGUACUCGGAGCUGCCGCCGCUUGAUCUCCCCGAGGGCUUCUUCGUCGACGACAGCCACGCCGCCCUCCCCGCCGCUCCCCCCGCUCCCACCGCUUUUGCUGCCCCAGGUGCGCCUAGUGCGCGUGCGAUGGCGGCGCCCGAUGGUUUCGCGCCUGCUGGCGCAGUGCUUGGAGUGGCAGAGCGGGGAGCACCCAGAGCAGCGACCGCAUCGGCACGCCCCUGCAACCAGCGCCCCUGCAACCAGCGCCCCUGCAACCAGCAGGCGCAACCACCUUCGCAGAGGCCCUCGCAGCGCGGGCGAAGGCCAGAGCGGCACAAGGUGCCGUCGUCGCCGCCGCCACAGCAGCAGCAGCAGCAGCAGCAGCAGAGAGGCUUUGCACCGCUCGCGGCCGCUCCCUUCGCCGUCGUUCCCCUCGUAGCCGCUCCUCUUGCCUUCGUUCCCCUCUUUGUCGCUCCUGUCACUGCCGCUCCCCUCGCUGCCGUUCCCCUCGCUGCCGCUCCGCUCGCCGUCGUUCCCCUUGCUGUCGCUCCCCUCGCCACCGCUCCCCUCACUGCCGCUCCCCUGGGCGGCACACGUGCGAGAGCAACGGGCUGGGCGAAGUCGAGGCCUGUGCGCGCAGCUGGUGCCGUCAUGCACGGGCGGCGCAUGCAGGCGCUCAACACGCCGCAGCUGGCGGGUGGCAGCAGCGGAGUGCGCCUGGCGAGCACCGGCGGUUGGAGCAGCGGCACGCCGCGUUUCAGUGUGGACGAACUGGACGGACACGGGGCUCGCAUGACACACCACGCUGCUGCCAAUUCUGCUGUGGCAGACGGUGAUUUGGUGGUCCUGCUGCUGGGCCGCCAGGCUGGUGCGGUAGAGGCCGGUGCGGUAGAGGCCGGUGCGGUAGAGGCUGGUGCGGUAGAGGCCGGUGCGGUAGAGGCCGGUGCGGUAGAGGCCGGUGCGGUAGAGGCCGGUGCGGUAGAGGCUGGUGCGGUAGGGGCUGGUGCGGUAGAGGCUGGUGCAGUAGAGGCUGGUGCGGUAGAGGCUGGUGCGGUAGAGGCUGGUGCGGUAGAGGCUAGUGCGGUAGAGGCUGGUGCGGUAGAGGCCAGUGCGGUAGAGGCUGGUGCGGUAGAGGCCGGUGCGGUAGAGGCUAGUGCGGUAGAGGCCGGUGCGGUAGAGGCCGGUGCGGUAGAGGCUGGUGCGGUAGAGGCUGGUGCAGUAGAGGACGGUGCGGUAGAGGCCGGUGCGGUAGAGGCCGGUGCGGUAGAGGCCGGUGCGGUAGAGGCCGGUGCGGUAGAGGCCGGUGCGAUAGAGGCCGGUGCGGUAGAGACCGGUGCGGUAGAGGCUGGUGCGGUAGAGGCUGGUGCGGUAGAGGCUGGUGCGGUAGAGGCUGGUGCGGUAGAGGCUGGUGCGGUAGAGGCUGGUGCGGUAGAGGCUGGUGCGGUAGAGGCUGAGGCUGGUGCGGUAGAGGCUGGUGCGGUUGAGGCUGGUGCGGUAGAGGCUGGUGCGGUAGAGGCUGGUGCGGUAGAGGCUGGUGCGGUAGAGGCUGGUGCGGUAGAGGCUGGUGCGGUAGAGGCUGGUGCGGUAGAGGCUGGUGCGGUAGAGGCUAGUGCGGUAGAGGCUGGUGCAGUAGAGGCUGGUGCGGUAGAGGCUGGUGCGGUAGAGGCUGGUGCGGAAGAGGGAGGUGCGGUGGUGGAAGAGGGAGGUGCGGUGGCGGAAGAAGGAGGUGCAGUGGUGGAAGAGGGAGAUGCAGUGGUGGAAGAGGGAGGUGCAGUGGUGGAAGAGGGAGGUGCAGUGGUGGAAGAGGGAGGUGCGGUGGUGGAAGAGGGAGGUGUGUGUGCUGGUGCUCGUCCCAUGGCAGAUCUCAUCACACAGUCUGCUUGGAAAACACGCACGCAGCGCCACCUGUGGCAGCAGUACCUGCCCGUUUGGCUCUCACAGAGGAGUUGGAUGGAUGUGUGGCAGCAAGGGGCGAUUGAGAGAGCUGGAUUAGGUGGAGCUGUCUUCCUGGAGUCUGCUUGCUCUGCUGCUGCGCCCGCUGGUGAUGGCAGUGAGGCGAUGGCCGCAUGA